CAAAUUUGUUCAUUAAUAAAAAAAAUGAAAGGAAGUAUGAGCUAUUGGGUCACACUAAUAGUGAUAGUGUGGAUGAGUGUAAUGGUGAGAAAAUCAAAGGGUGUGAGAUCUAUAAAAAAUCAAGUGUCACAGUUUGUAGAAGAUCGCGUACCAUUAGGAACGAAAUGGGCUUUUUUAGUUGCUGGUAGUAACGGUUUUGAGAAUUAUAGGCACCAAGCUGAUGUAUGUCAUGCAUACCAAGUAUUAAAAAGUGGUGGUCUUAAAGAUGAAAAUAUCAUUGUUAUGAUGUUUGAUGAUAUUGCCUACCACCCUAAAAACCCAAAGCGUGGCGUUAUAAUGAAUAGGCCAAAUGGGCCAAAUGUUUAUCAAGGUGUUCCUAAGGAUUACACAGGAAACAAUGUUAACCCAAGAAAUUUUUUCGCGGUGCUUAGUGGAAACAAAAAUGCUACAAUUGGAGGCUCUGGUAAGGUGCUGAAUACAAAUUCACAUGAUUCCAUUUUCAUUUACAUGGCUGGCCAUGGUGCUGUACACGCAUUCGGUUUAAUAAAUAAAGGAGAUAUAUGGGCCGCCGAUUUGGUAAAUGCAUUGAAGAAAAAACAUGCUGCUUUAGCCUACAAAAAGAUGGUGAUAUACAUCGAAUCAUGUCAUGCUGGGAGCAUGCUCGAAAAUCUUCUUCCAGGUAAUAUAGGUAUCUAUGCAACCACAGCUUCCAAAGUUAAUGAGAAUAGUUUUGCUAUGUACUGUCCUGGAACACCAUAUUCUCCACCAGCUGGCAUUACAUUUUGUUUGGGAGAUACAUAUAGUAUUUCUUGGAUGGAAGACAGUGAAACUAGUAAGAGGUCGACUCACACUCUAUACGGUCAAUAUUUAAAUGUUGUAAAAAGGGUAGAACAUAUUGAUCCAAUUUACAUAUCUCAUGUGAUGAAAUAUGGAGAUACUACUGCUGUAUGGAAUAGUGAUGGCUCUGCAUUUUCCUAUGAACACUUCAAUACGACAAGAUUAGUCAAACAAGACGAUGCUUCUUUACUUCAUUUGAAGCUUGAGUUGGAAAAAGCACCGCAUGGUUCAGAGGAUAAGUCAAAAGCACAAAAAGAAUUAAAUUAUGAACUUGCUCGUAGGAAGCAUGAGGACCAUACUAUCAAUCUCAUAGUAGAUCUUUUGUUUGGAGAAGAGAAAGACUCUAUUAAAAUGGAUCAUGUUCGUAAAGUCGAUCUACAUGAUGUCGAUUAUUGGGAUUGUCUUAAAAUGCUUUGGAAAACUUAUCAGGAUCAUUGUGGUAUCUUAUCACCGUAUGGAAAGAAAUUAUACUCAAAAGUUUCUGUUAACAUGUGCAACGUUGGCAUUUCAGAGACACAAAUAAUUGCAGCAACAUCUCAAGCUUGUCCCAUAAAAAAUCAUAUUUCUUAAAUUUCUUCGUCAAGGUGUAGUGAAAAUUAUAUAUUGAUAAAUAAAUUGUCCUAGAUUAUAGGAAAUGUGUAAUCCUUCUUAUUUUUAGUAGCUUAUUUCUAUUAUAGUUAUGGUGUACUCCUUUGAGAGAAGUUUGGAUUUCAC